GGUGCAUCGCCCCGGGAGCCGCACGGGGAAGGCCAAGCCCCGCUGCGGGGCCCAGGGAGCGCUUUCCCCUAGGCACAGCCCGUGCUGUAGAACCGGGAGAGCUGCCCCUAGACAGCCGAGAGGCAGCAGCAGCCCCGUGCAAGCAGCGCGCGGCGGCCAUUCAGCGCACGCGCAUUGUGAUGCACUGUCCGUGUUCCAGCCGCAGGCGCGGCCCGCGUGGAGCGAGGGAAGCAGCAGCUGCAGCCGCGGCGCCCCAGCCUGCGGUCGGUACCAGCCUCUGCAGCUAGCGGAGCCUUGAUAAGCGCGGGGAGGGCGGCGCUGCUCCUUGCCCGCCUGUAGCUGUGCAGCCAGCCGCCCCGCUGCCCCGGGACACGCCAGGGCCCGAGGAAUGGCAAGCAGCCGGCCAGCGAGGUGGACCUGUGGCAUCGCUCAGUGCACGGCAGGGCUGGCUCAAGAAGUCCUGGAACGGGCCAAGCGGCGCAAAGUGAGCUGGCCGGAGCCUGUGGAAGAAGAUUCUGAACGUCUCAAUACAGCAUUUGCUUCAGUAGUGGAGUUCAUGAGUCGAACCACAAAGGAAUGUGAGAAAUAUUAUAGCUAUGUGCCAGCAAGUAGAUGCCAAGAGAAUGAAAUUAAACACAUCUGCAGAUAUCACAGCAGACAAGCAGCAGAAAACUUGUUACAGACAUUGGAACAAGAGAAAAAUGAAACCUCUCCAGUGUCAAAUCCAGCUGAAACCCUCAAGCAACUUGCUAGAAAGGCUUCCAAGGAUCUCUACAUUGAAGUUUCCCCCGGCACCUAUUCUGUCACAGCAGCCUCGGAGGAUAUGGUGAAACAGACACAUGUGGUGGAUGUUAAUGCAGGACAAAGUAUUGAUUUAACUUUCAAUAUAUGAUGAUCACUCUCUCUCAAUCAAAGGAAUAAAACAAUACUACCGUCUCCUAAUGAAUUAAUAUAACAAGCUAUGCAUAUCUGUUUCUCUUUAGCACUUUAACAACUUCCUUUCUCUGGGCCUUUUCUAUUUUACUCACUUUGUCUACUUAUUGUACACUCAGUGCUAUUAUAGCCCAUUGUGUACAUGGACAUUAUGAAUGUUUGUAUAAAUAUGCCUUAAUUUCAAUUAUGCAACAUAUCACCCAGAGUUUGGGGUUAUUUUUAAGUCAAGCAAUCAGUGGAAUAAAGGAUAAAAAUUAAUCUUUGAGAUGAGAAUUAUUUUUACUUUUUUUUUAAAUUAGGGACUAAAGUCAUGCAAGUUAUUUAUAAUUGCUUGAAUGUAAAAAGCCCGAUCCUCAGCUAGUGUAAAUCAAUGUAAUUCCUUUGAAAUUGAUGCCAAUUUACAGUAGCUAAGGAUCCGGCUACAGUGUGCCAUGCAGACUACUGUAGUUGAUAACUGGUCAUACUGGUAUGAAUGAAGAAACUGGAGCUGUAAUUCAAGCUAAAACGUGCACAUGGUUGCAGUUUAAAAAAAAAAGUUAAGCCCAAUUAUUGCUACAUAAAUGUAAAUUUCGCCAGUACUGUUAGUUUUCACUUUCAUUAAGCUAAAUCCCACUUGAGCAAAACAUGUACACGUGAUUAACUCCCACUUCAGUGGCCCUGAUUCAGCAAGACAUUUCAACAUGUGCUUAAUUUAAGAAUAUGAGUAAUCCCACUGAAGUCAGUGGGACUUCUCAUAGGCUUCAGGUAGCUUGCUGAAUGGGCACCUAUGAAUAAAAUGAGUGUCAUGUGUUUUAGUAUGCAUAUACAAACUUUUACUUGGCUUAUUCUAAUAAGGUUCCAGUAGAUUUUAUUUGGGGGAAGCUUUAAGUAUGGUAGCCAUAACAGCAGUUGGGAUUCUACAUAAAUAUUUGUUGUUUGUAUCUCCUUUGUUCUGUGCUAUCUGGUUACUUUCUCUUCUGUUUUUCAUCUUGAGAGAGCUUUUCUGCCAUUAAUUUGUACUGGGUCUCCACUCUUCUCCUUCGGGCUUCCUACAAGAGAGAAAUCAUCAUGCUGAAAUCCUGGUCACAGAUUUUUUGAAACCAUGAGAACAAACAGGAGGCUUAUUAAAACCUUGCUCUCUCAAUUUCCAAUUUUUCAGGUUUUCUGUACUAUUACUUGUUGUUCCUCUCUCCCCAAGAGAGUGUUGGCUUCUAGUCCAGCACAGUGGGAACUUAAUAUGGAAAGACACACUUCCCCUGGACAGGAGAGUGAAGGCUCUUCUCUGACGUUCACAUUCUAUUUGAUUUUCUCCAAGGUUCUCUAAAAAAGGAGUGGCCUGUGGCUGGGAGAAAUGAAGCAUGAAAACUAGGACUUUAGUCUUCCUUCUUCUUGACUCAGUUUAUGCAUUUUGUAUCCUCUAGCUCAUGGUUUGGCAACCUUUCAGUAGUGUGCCGAGUCUUCAUUUGUUCACUCUAAUUUAAGGUUUUGUGUGCCAGUAAUACAUUUUAACGUUUUUAGAAGGUCUCUAUAAGUCUAUAAACUAUUGUUGUAUGUAAAGUAAACACGUUUUUUAAAAUGUUUAAGAAGCUUCAUUUAAAAUUAAAUUAAAAUGCUGAUCUUA